AAAAAAUAUAUAAAAGUUUUCGUUUGUGAAAUGACUUUACAUCAAAUUAAAAAAGUUUCUAUACUUGAAAGCAAAUAUAAAGUCUGUAAAACCUGUGAUCACGUAAUGUGUUUUAUAGACGUUUUUGUAUAUACCUACGCUCACUUGAUAUCAGAUGAAAACAAAAGUUUGAAUGGUAUUGGAUCCCAAAACCACAAAUCUUCAUAGUGAUUACGGAAGUUUUGAUAAGCCAUUAGAGGAAGGUCACGAUAGAGAUAUAGAAGCUGUUGUUGAUGGCAGUAGUAGCGGAAUGGCACAAUCUAGUGAUGUAUACCAGAGACAACCUUUGCUUCCAAGUGCUCCAAUUAAAAACAAAGAUAAAUGGAGUGGGGUUGGAUCCAGUUCAGAUUUUUAUGAAGAUGAAGAUGAUAAAAUAGAUAGCUUAAGUCAUGUUAGACAUACUGGAAUUCCAAAUGAAUCUGGAAAUGGCAUUGUUAAAAUUGAUAUUCCAGCUCCAUUAAGAGAAGAGCCUAGAUUUCCAAAAGAAAAAUGGAAAACAUUUCUUGCAUUUUUAUUUAUGGUCAUAAAUUUUAUAUUGACUACUGCUUCACUUGCUAUGGUACAUGAACGUGUACCAGAUCGUGCAACUUAUGAUCCUCUCCCUGAUGUUGUUCUAGAUAAUAUUAGUGCUCAAGAUUGGGCUCUUAAUGUGUCUGAAAUUUUGAUUAUGAUAAUGUCAAAUUCUGCUAUGAUCUUUAUAAUUUUCCAUAAACAUAGAUUUAUAGUGGUACGACGAAUAUUUCUGUUAAUGGGAUUAUUGUACAUGAUGAGGAGCAUUACCAUGUAUGUCACUGUUCUUCCAGUGGCUAGUAAAACUUAUUAUUGUAGUCCCAAAGCAAAUAACACAAGUCCUUAUCUUGUAACAAAACGAGUUCUUCAACUUAUCUCUGGAUUUGGACUGUCAAUUAAUGGCAAGCACACCUACUGUGGAGACUAUAUUUAUAGUGGACAUACUGUUGUACUCGUGCUUAGUUACUUGAUCAUUAAAGAAUAUUCUCCAAAGAAGUGCCAUCCAGUUCAUUGGCUUGCUGGAAUAUCAUCAUUUGUUGGAAUUAUAAUGGUAUUAAUUUCCCAUGGCCACUACACUGUAGAUAUCUUAAUAGCAUAUUAUGUUACUACCAGAUUAUGGUACAUUUAUCACACAAUGGCAAAUAAUGUACAACUCAAACAAUAUGGUCCAAAUAAUUUUUUAGCUCGACUCUGGUGGUUUCCUAUAUUUAAAUAUUUUGAGAUAAAUGUAAGUGGUAUUGUUCCACAACAGUUUGAGUCACCUCUACCCUUACCUCGAAGAUUACUUGCCAAACAUCCCAAUAGAGACAGUUAAUAUCUAUCACUGCUUCGUAAAGGAGCCUACGUUUCCACAGUGAUAUUCAAUGUACAUAUUUUCUUAGGUUUAUGAUAUGAUAUUUUUCAAGUGAGAUAGCUUCGCAAAUUUGUUU